UAUUGAUCUCCACCAUCUUUCGUAUUCUUACAUUAACUAUGUAGCCCCGACUCAACAACUCCAGCUACGAAAAUACUACCUAGACACAUCACCAGAUUCACCAGCGACUGCAUCCUCGAACAACAAGUCCAGCGACCUUUAAUCCCCCACGCCAUUCCUCUCUCACCAUGGCUGCGGUCCACCGACCCGCACAUUUAACACUCCACGCCGCGAAGCUGGCGUCGGCCGCGGCGGUUGCCAAAUCCAAAGAGAUCGGUGUCCCCAUGAACAUCUCCAUUGUCGAUGCCUCUCUGUAUCUACUACACUUUGAGCGCAUGCCCGGUGCAAAACUCACCUCGAUCGACAUUUCCUUCAAUAAAGCUUUCACGGCGGCCGGCCACCGUGCCCCAACAUCAAUAUACAAGGAGGCCGUGUGGCCUGGCGGACCGGCGUUCGGCUUGAACAGCAGUAAUGGGGGGAGGUUCAUGUAUGUUGCCGGUGGCAUACCCAUUGUCGUUGAUGGCGAGGUCGUCGGCGCCGUUGGUUGCAGUACCGGCACCCCUAAACAAGAUACCGUUGUCGCUCAGGCGGCAGUCGAUGCUGUGUUGGAAUACAUCAAGAAGAACGAUACGCCAAAGGCGAAGCUGUAGGUAUGAUUCUACUAUGGCCAAUUGGAUCUUCAUGAUACCUGUAUAUAAACAGGAGGAGAUACACCAGCUUUCUGACCAGAGCGCUUUACGUUGGAUCCUGCACAUAUAGCAUUCUUGCUUGAUCUUGGAAGGAGAAUUUAUGCAACGGUGUAAUAUCACAGAGCCGCGAAACAAUGGGAUCGUCUUGAUAGAU